AUUGCUUUUAAAUGUUUAUUUAUAUUUGUAAUAUAUGUUCUCUCUUACAUUUUAGUUCGAAGAAAGCUUUGCAGGAUUUCUUCCAGUCUUUAAGGGCAAAAAAGCCUACUCUGCAGCCUAAUAUACAGCACUAUCACGUACAUUAUUACCCGAUGCCUUACUCAAUGUUAACGUGGCCGAAAGUUCCAGUUAAACGGGAGCUCGAGAAACUCUACGACGAUACUUUCGCGUCGUUCGGAUGGCCAGAUUACUACUACAAUUAUUUACCUCAUCCAUCCAUAUUCAUGUCGGAUCUUCAACAACUAUGGGAUGCGGAGCUUCCAAGUGAGUUCAAGUCAUAUUUCACGGAGAACAUCUUAGUACCAGACGACACGCCAGCUGCCAUUGAUCGAAACGGCCAGGGAUUACUCAUGCAAGUUCCUCUCAAUCAACAAUUAGUGUUUCAUUUGCUAAGGAGAUCGCAACAACGACAGCUGGCGAAAGCAGCGACUUAGAAUGUAUAGCUAACGUAAUAUCGUUAACGAAUUGUGAUGUAAAUCGGUAUUUUUCAUUAGUCGAUUAAAGUCUAGCUUUUAAACGCUUUUA